AUGGAUCGAAAAUUGAAGGGGAUGUUCGGGAACUUCAGUUUCCCAGUCGAUUGUAUUCGCGCAAUCGUACCUUACGAUGACAGUUCCGCGAACCUUCAUGAUCUUGGAGAAGAUCUCACCCCUCCGCGUCAACCUCAGCAACCUCCAAUGGUUAAUACACCCGCUUCACACCAAUCAUAUAUACCUAUCAUAGACAUGCAUCACAGCUCAGCUCAAGUUCAGACCUUGGCUCAGCAUGGCUUUGGCCAAGCCAACACCGGGCAAGACGAAGACGAAGUAGAUAACGUCAGCCCCAUAUCAGGCUUCUCGACCAACUACCACGGGGUGAGGAACGAAAAAAACAGGCCCGAUGAUAUCACAGAUGAUGAGAAUUGCGCUGUCUGGAUCGAAGGCCUACCCAUUGAUAUUGAUUAUCCCACGCUUCUGGGAGAGCUUCGAGGGACAGGCAAGAUAUAUGCCGUUGUCAUCAACGACCCUGUUAAGAGGCACCACACAUGCGCCGCCAAGGUUGAGUUCUGGGGACGAGAUGGUGUGACGAGACUAUUCAACAAGGUCCAAGAUGGCGAGCUCAGCUUUGGCGAAUUGGUGCCAACAGUACGGCCAAACCGCGUGAAAAAGGGCGCGCAACCUGUUUCUCAUCGCUCCAGAGUCAUAGAAAUCACAGGUCCCACCCAGUUGGUCAACGUUGUGACUAUAACUGCGGUACUACAACAGGCAUUCUUCUAUGACAUGGAGCUGAUCGAGAAUCUCUGGACACAGGGAGGGCAAUCGAUGAUGCGGUGGACUUUCGCAUCGCACAGAAACCAAGCUGAAACCGCAAUGCGCCUCUUCGCCAGUAGGAAGAAUCACGUUAUACCAUCUUUAUGGCAGCAGGUCCAUUUCCGCUAG